CAUUCAUGGAGGAGCAUACGGUGACCCAGACGGAGCACAUGGCAACCAUAGAGGCCCACGCGGUGGCCCAGCAGGUGCAGCAGGUCCACGUGGCCACCUACACGGAGCACAGCAUGCUCAGUGCUGACGAAGACUCCCCGUCUUCUCCUGAGGACACGUCCUAUGACGACUCUGACAUCCUCAACUCCACGGCCACCGAUGAGGUGACUGCCCACCUGGCUGCUGCAGGCCCGGUGGGAAUGGCCGCAGCUGCUGCUGUGGCCACAGGUAAAAAAAGGAAGCGCCCCCACGUUUUUGAGUCCAACCCCUCCAUCCGCAAGAGGCAGCAGACGCGAUUGUUACGGAAGCUACGUGCUACCCUGGACGAAUACACCACUCGGGUCGGGCAGCAAGCGAUCGUUCUGUGCAUCUCCCCCUCGAAACCCAACCCUGUUUUUAAAGUUUUUGGUGCAGCACCGCUGGAGAACGUGGUGCGCAAGUACAAGAGUAUGAUCCUGGAAGACUUGGAGUCAGCGCUCUUGGAGCACGCACCUGCGCCGCAGGAGGUUAACUCCGAGCUGCCACCACUCACCAUCGAUGGGAUUCCGGUCUCUGUGGACAAGAUGACCCAGGUAACCAGCCAGGAGGGUGGAAACUUGGACCA